AUGAUUGCUUUUGAAGUAAUGCACUAUCUCAAACGGAAGGUUCAUGGUAAGAAAGGAUAUAUGGCUCUAAAGCUUGAUAUGAGUAAAGCCUAUGAUCGUGUUGAAUGGGGAUACUUAAGAGUAGUUAUGCUUCAAAUGGGCUUUGAUCAAAGGUGGGUUAACCUGAUUAUGACUUGUGUUACUAGUGUGUGGUACUCUACUUUUCAUAAUGGCCAUGUCAUGGGGCCGAUCACACCAUCCCGAGGUAUCCGACAAGGUGAUCCGCUUUCCACUUACUUGUUUAUAAUCUAUGCUGAAGGUUUCUCGGCUCUUAUCUCUCGUUAUGUCUUUUGUCAAGCUAAUAAUGGUGUCACUGGUAAUGUCUUAUCCCUACUUCGGAAAUUUGAAAGUGCGUCUGGCCAACAAGUUAAUUUGGGGAAAUCAUCUGUUUUCUUCAGUCCAAAUGUUCAUGAUCAACUUCACAAUAGUAUUUGCUCUAUACUUCAUAUGCCUGAAGCUUCUGAAAAUAGUUUUUACCUGGGGCUUCCUAAUAUAAUUGGGAGGAAUAAAAAUGUUAUUCUUGGUUUUCUUAAGAACAAGGUUUUGAAUAGGAUCAAUAGCUGGACUGGUAAGUUGUUAUCUAGUGCGGGUAAGGAGAUUCUCUUAAAAACAGUGGUUCAAUAUCUUCCCACUUAUGCUAUGAGUGUCUUCCUUAUCCCUCUCGGCACUUGUGAUGAAAUUGAGAAAUUAAUGGCUCGGUUUUGGUGA